GCACCAUUGAAAUUUACCAGACAGUCUCUUUACAAACAUGCACACGAAAAUAACGGUGGACUUUCACGCAUGCAGACACGACAACAAGCAGUCAAUACCCACCUAUCUUCUUUCCCUUUUGUUCCGACUCGUAGAUCUGGGGGGUCUCGCGCUUUGCCCGACAAAGGAGCGCGGACGGGGGGUUUUUGACCGGCCUUUCCAUAUUGCUGGCUCUUUCUCUGUGCAUUCACCUGCCUCUUCGGUGAACACUACCCUUCCCUUGUCUUAUUCGUUCCUUAGCUUCGGCAGCGGACUUUUAGGUUGCAGUCGACGUGAAAAAUCGCUUUUCUUCCCGCGUGGUGACCCCCUCUGGGCAGAGGCGCGUGCAAGUGGACUCGCGAUAGAUCGAGUUCCGGCGAGGUCGAUUUUUUCGUCUUCCAUUUGUGAAAGGGGGAGAAACCUUUCGAGUCAGGCGCACACAUCUCCACAUUUUUUGCGCGGAACUCUUUUUUCACUCGACCUGCAAGAACCUUCUUUUCUCACUGGCCCGACAAAAAAGCGCCGUCUCUCGCGAGGCAGGAACGCUUGUCUCUUGCGGUGUCUGCACUAUCGUGGCCACGAUGAAGAGUCCUUUUCAUUGGACAAGAUCUUUUCUCUUCUUCCUGGUCUUCGUAGCACUUAUCGCUGCUACUGAAAGGCGGGAGGCAACCCCCUUUUUCUCGUGCGUCGUCCUCUCCCUUGCGGUGACACCUCCCGCCGUCUCGCCGCAAACGUCGUUAUGGAUCUCGUCCGGACUGGUUGGUGGCUCAGACAAGGCAGUUCGGGGGGCGACGGGUCUCGAAGGCCUUCGGAUCGGCGCGAACAUCCACCACAAAUGGGCGAAGGGAUUCGACACACACCUGCACCUUUCAGCAGACGCCGGAGCGCCUUGGGGAGGCACAGACCUGCUCAGGUCUUCGCUGCCGUCGCUGGAGAAGUCCCUCGAGUUCUGCACCGGAAAGAACGGCUCGCUGUCUCUCCUGUCUCGACUCUGCGAAGCAGUCGAAGUUUCUGGAGAGGCUGUAGGGUCCGGAGGAAACCGGCGGCUCCGAACCGUCAUGCGCUACGACCUUCCCUCCGGCAGAAGCCAAGUUCUGUGCACUGCUGUUCACGGCAACCACGAGCUCCACGGGCAGUUCUGCCCUCCCUCGGAGAAUGCGCCAGCUGGCGCUUUUGUCUCGUCCUCUCACCUCUUUCAACGAGGAGAAAGAUUCGUCAAAAUCCAGCCUUCUCACGACUUCCAGACGCAAACGUCCGAACUUCGAAUUCAGGGAGGCAAAGUUCCGCAAGAGAAAGACGAACAGUGGACAGAAGUGAACGUGCAAGUUGCUCGUGAGCACCCCACAAACUCCUGGGACACAGUCGUCGGAGUGAAGCAGCAUUUCGGUGGGGGUCGAGUAACUUUUGCUCCUUUUCUCCGUCUUAAAGACAGGUCUCUUCACUACGAAUACACACACUCUCUGUCUAGUGGAGGCGUGGUGAAGGUGCAAAUGCAGCCGCUGCACUUCCUGAGGCUGCAGUGGAGAGACCCCAGCGCCUCUGGAGGCUCUUGGGUUGCGCAAGCAGAACUGCCGUUGCAGAAAGGAAAGAGUCUGAGAGAGGGUACGGUCGCCUUUCGGCGAGAGUGGACUUUCUGAGAAGCACGGAGAGAAAAGAAGAACGCGGAGCAGUCGACGCCGUUCCGCUUUCUCCGUGUGACUCCCGAAUCAAGAAGACCGACCGCUCGACAGCGACCUCGAGACCCCCGCUUUUCAACUGGAACAGUUGCUGAUGAAGAAGGCCAUACGAAAGAACUCGGAGGCGCGGACCCUUUCUCCGUUUGUACCUAUUUGUUUUCAUAAACACAUGCAUGCACAUGUAUAAAGGUCUCCAUGUGGGCCUGUAUACAUACAUAUUCGUAUAUAUAUAUUUAUAUAUAUAUAUAUAUAUAUAUCAACAUAGUUUGGUGACGUCGAAGGAAGGAAACGCGGACGUCUUCUCCGCAGAACUCAAGCACGAAGAAAAAGGAGAACGCCAAGCAGAUAAGGGAAGCGAGAAGAGAAGACGAGCAGGAGAAGAGAAGAAGACAAAGAAGAAGAGAAAAGAGAAGAGAAACGAGAAAAGAGAAUGCGAGAAGGGAGAAGAGGGGAGAAGGGAGGAAUAGCGGGAGAGACGGGAGAAGAAAGAGAAGGAAAGAAGGUAAGGGAUAAGUGCGAGGACUUUCCAAUUUUUCCGUUCUGCACAUCAACUUCUCUGGAAAGGCCGCGCCGCGUUGCAAAGUCGGCCCAGCGACGCUUUGCAAAAGAAGUGGAAAAAACACAAUGUUUGCUUCAAAACACAGGUAGAACGGAUGCGUCCUCGGCGCGAGAAUUGAAGGGCAUGUCGCGUUUCUGCGAGUACGCAAUGGUUUUCCGGGGAAAAGCAGAUUUUUUUAUAAAGUCCGACCUCAAUACCUACAACUCUGCGGUCUUCGUUGUGACGACACCAG